GUAAUUCUCUCCUCCUGUCAGAGUCAGUCCUGCUGCAGGCCGAGAAGAAAAGUGAAAAAUAAUGAGUGCAGUCAUAAAAUUCGGCUGAAAAUCAUCUGAAUUCCGGGCUUCUUUCGGGUGCAAUUGCGUAGCUAAUGGCGCGCCCGCGGUGCUCGUGAGGAUUUGUGCAGAAAAAAUCCGAAAAUGUGGUGCCAAAUGCAGGUGUUUUUCCGUGGCCCAAAAUAGUGACCCUAAUUCGCGAGGAGGGGAAAAAUCGGCCAAAUUUUACUCCCAACAGAAGGAAAAGGCCAAAAAGCGGUCGUUAGUGCGUGCUCUUUUUUUUCUUUUUUUCAUUAAAAUCCGUCAGCGGAACGAACGGCGGGGAAGACGGCUUUGACUUGUGUUUUUGUUGUUGUGCGUCGUGUAAAAAAGUUGUGAGGCCAGAGCGGCCGCAGUGCCGUUAUCAUAACAGUGUCGGACAACGCAAUAUCGGAGGAAGAUUUUUCUUUCUUCUUGCUUUUCUUUGCCUCAACGGCUAGCUGGUUACUUCAUCGCGCAGGAUUAAAAGGGGAAAAAUAGUACCCCAAAAUGAACUUUACCCAGUUCUCGUCGCCCUUUGGCGGGGCCCUGGCGGCGAACCAGUUUGCGGCGGCCAAAUUCCCGCCGAACCUGGCGACGGCCAACGGACAGGUCCUGGGCCUGGUGUCCGGCAGCGACGGUGGCAUGCAGUUCCUACGGCCGAUGGAUGGCAGCGCGAUGGCGGCCGCGACGGCCUUCCAGCAGCAGCAACAGGCCGCCGCGGCAGCCGCCGGAUUUUCGCAAACAACCCCUGCCUACAUCACCCUCCCAAUCACGAUGCCGGGCGCGAAACCGGGCGACGCCCAGCAGACGGUACAAAUCCAGGUGCUCAAUCCGAACCCGAUGCCGGCGCCGACUCAGCAAGCGGCCACGCCCAAGUUCCAGAUGGGCCAGAUGCAGAUCCCGAUCCAGGGUUUCCAGCAGGGCACCACCGUACUGACCGUGGCCUACAGUCCCCAGGAGGAGGAACUGAUGCAAAACCACAACCUUCCGGAGGGCAUGACGAUAGUGGCCGCGCUCCAACCGCAGGACCUCCAACUCAUUGCCCAAGCCCAAAACACCUCGCUUCUUCAGCAACACCAGCAACAGCAACAACAACAACAGCAGCAUCAGCAUCAGCAACAGCUGCAAAAUCACGAACAAACGAUCAAAGUCGAGGGCGAUCUGCCGCCAGCGCUCCGGCAAAUCAAACAGGAAGCAGGUUGGAGUCACAUCCCCAACCUGGCGGCGACGCAGGCCUUCGGCACGGACAUAGCGGAGUUUCUUCAGCAACGAGGGCAAAGCUUAAACGUGCAACCAUUUCUUAAGCUCAGCAAUCUCAACAACAACAACAACAACGGAAGUAGCGAUCACCAUGUACCUUUGGCCCACGGGGACCACUUGAUCGGCGGUUCGAUACCCAACACGCCGGGUAGCACCUUCAUCAAGCGGGAAAUCCUCGAGGACAACUCCAACGACAAUACGCACUUUGGUGCGGACAGCAGUCAGGCGGACAGCAGCUUCAAGGACAACCACAGCAGCACCAGUGGCGACACCAGCAGCAGCACCUUCCACGAGUCCCCAACAACCACGGCGGCCGCCACCUCGACGACGACCCCCGACGGAGAUCCCACGACGACGACGCCAACGUCGUCGUCAUCGGGCAAGGCGCGCAAAAAGCGAAAGUACAAAUCGAAACCCCCGAAACCGAAGCGCCAGAAGCCGGGCCAGGUGCACAUCACGACGGCCCUCGACGGGACGGUGCUGUUUUGCUGUCCCGAGUGCCACAUGGCGUACCCGGAGAAGGAGUGCCUCGAGCAGCAUCUGGCGGUGCACAAGAUCGAGCGGAGGUUCAUCUGCGACAUUUGCGGCGCCGGCUUGAAGCGGAAGGAGCAUCUUGAACGACACAAACUCGGACAUAAUCCGGAGCGGCCUUACAUCUGCAGCGUUUGCAUGAAGGGUUUCAAGCGGAAGGAGCACCUGAACCUGCAUUUUGUCAUCCACAGCGGCGUGAAAACGGAGAUCUGUGGCGACUGUGGCAAGGGAUUCUACCGGAAAGACCACCUCCGGAAGCACAUUCGCUCCCACAUGUCGAAGCGGUUAAAGGAGGAGACCAACGGUUCCGGCUCCGUUUCUCGCAGCACCAACAACAACAUCAACUCCAGCAGCAAUAGUAACCACAACGACAGCAACGUGGUCUCGACGACGACGGGUCCGUUGCUGCCGGCCGGAAUCCCACCCGGGUUGACCAUAACCAGUACGAGUACAAACCAUCACCACCAGUCGCAACAGCAGCAGCAGCAGCAGCAGCAUCACCAGCAUCCGCCUCAGCCUUCCGCCCUGACGCAGGGCAUCUGUUUGCCACAGGGCGUUACGAUACACGUUCCCACGGCGGACAACCAAACCCUGCCGGUGCAGAUAUCGCUACAGCCCCAGUUGAUGACCCAGUCAAACGGAGCAACGCUUCUUGGGCAGUAGCAAAAGGAGCUUACAAAAACGGGAACCAAAAUCAAAAUCGAAUCUUAACACGAUUUCUCACGCUGGCGACGCAAAAGUGCAAGAGAGAGGAAUUGAUCCGAAUACUCAUCAUUUAAAAGGAAGGUUUUCACGACCCCAACUCUAGUAGGAUUAAGGGAAGCCGCAGCAGCAAUCGUCCAAAACGUCCUCGGCCAUACCUCGGAACCUUGGGAAAACGGAGAAAAGACAAACUAAAAACGUGCAUUUGUUGGUAUUAUCAUUUCUGUCUGUUUGUCUAUGCGCAAAUCUGUCCGUUGUUUGUUUAUUGUUUUUCGUGUAAUAAAUAGGAAACUUUGUUAAACGCGCGCGCGCUGUAAAUACAACAAUAGUGACAGGUACCUACUCACACGCCCACUUCGCAAAGAAAGAAGCACUCAAAACCCAACGUUCUGUUGUUUCAUUGUUUUAAAAAAAACCAUACUUAUACAUAUAUUGAUUUUAUAGUAUUUAACUUUUACCCCUCCACUAUUUAUUAGGGCAGCUCAUUCACACCCUGUUGUUACAUGCUACCAUAAAACAUAUUUUUAAAAUCACCCUCCCCCCAAAUUUUAUCCCCCAUUAUUUAAUUUAUUUAUUACGCACCCCACAAACUCACACACACACACUCACAAAUCAAAUCCAUAAUUGUUUUUGUUGUCUUUGAACACACACACACAAAAGAAAGAGAGCGAGAGUUGAUGAGUUGUUUGUUGAACUAGUUCUAAGGCACCCCAUCCUCCCCUCCCCCCUUAAAAGACGGAACGAAAAGUAUUUGCUCACGCAAGAAAUUGUGCGUCGUUUUGUUUUGACUCGAAAUGAAAUAUGCGAACAAAGCUAGCGAAAUUUUUGUACAUAAUGAAGUGAUCUUUUUUUUGAAAAUUUAAUAGUUGAAGGAGACCAGAGAGAAAGGGGAAAAUAAAGAGAAAUUCUAUUUUUCGACAAUUUA